UGGACUGAUUUUUUUAAUAAACUGCCUUUUUUUUUUUUUUUGCAGUACUUUCCUUGAAAGAGCAAAGCUGUCACAAUCAAAUCCUAUAAAACCCAAAUUUCUUGAGAAGAUUUUCUUGCUUUCCUUAAAAAAAGGUUUUCACAAUUGUCUGGUUUUGGUGCCUGCUGGAAGAACCCUCCCCAGUUCUACAGAGACGAGCUGACCCUUAUGCUCCUUAUGUCCAAAGUUCCACCUUUUUUUUGCAGCUCCCAUUUUCUACUUUAAUGCUUUGGUAAAUUUUAAAUCUUUUUUUUUUAAUUUUUGGUUAUUUUAUGGAUCAAACAUUGCUGCCAAAUUUGGAUGAGACAGAAGCAGAAGCAAAGGGGUUUGCUUUGUUCUUCUAUAGGGAAAAAGGAGUUGCAGUGAAAUGGUGGAGUUGCUGCUUUUAUUAUCUCUUUGUUUGAUGAACAGGUGACUGUGGGAUUGACUGAGGAGGAAGUUAUGGCAUUUACUAAAAUGUUGAAGAAUAUUGAAUCAAGGACACUUUUGGAAGUAGGGUUCUGGAGGUUUUCACUGCUUUCCGCUCUACUGAUUACUGUAGCAAACGGGCUAAAUUCUGAGGGCCAACUGCUGCUGGAGCUUAAGAAUAGUAUUCAUGAUGAAUACAACAAUCUUUGGAACUGGAAGUCUACUGAUGAGACACCCUGUGGGUGGAUAGGUGUCAAUUGUUCUUCAGAUUAUGAGCCAGUGGUCUGGUCUGUUAAUUUGAGCUCAAUGAAUCUUUCUGGAACCCUGAGCCCUAGUAUUGGUGGUCUGACCAACUUGACAGUUUUUAAUCUGUCUUAUAAUGGUUUCAGCGGAAAUAUACCUAAGGAGAUUGGAAAUUGUUCACUUCUGGUUGGUCUUUAUUUAAAUAACAAUCAUUUCAGUGGUCCAAUUCCUGGUGAAUUGGGUAAGCUCACUUAUUUGAGAAGUUUGAAUAUAUGCAAUAACAAAAUCUCUGGUUCCCUUCCAGAGGAGCUUGGGAAUUUGUCCUCACUUGAUGAGUUUGUGGCAUACACCAAUAAUUUGACCGGGCCAUUGCCCCAGUCCAUUGGGAACCUCCAGAAGUUGAGAAUAUUUCGGGCAGGGCAGAAUGCAAUUUCUGGUAACAUUCCUGCUGAAAUAAGUGGAUGUCAAAGCUUACAGAUGCUUGGUCUUGCCCAGAACCGUAUCGGAGGAGAACUACCUAAGGAAAUUGGAAUGCUAGGAAGCAUAACUGAUCUGAUUUUAUGGGAGAAUCAGUUGUCAGGGUUUAUACCAAAGGAGCUUGGAAACUGUACAAGCCUUGAGACACUUGCAUUGUAUGCAAAUGGUCUUGUGGGGCAGAUUCCCAUGGAGAUUGGGAACCUCAAGUUUCUUAAGAAGUUGUAUCUCUACAGGAAUCAAUUAAAUGGAAGCAUUCCAAGGGAGAUAGGGAAUCUAUCUCUUGCAACAGAAAUUGAUUUCUCAGAAAAUUAUUUAACAGGUGAGAUCCCAACUGAGUUCAGCAAGAUGAAGGGUCUACGCUUAUUGUACCUUUUCCAGAACCAGCUUACAGGUGUUAUACCAAACGAGCUUAGUAGCUUGAGGAACUUGUCAAAGCUUGACCUUUCGAUCAAUUAUCUCACAGGUCCCAUUCCUUAUGGUUUCCAAUAUUUGACUGAAAUGGUUCAGUUGCAGCUUUUUGACAAUUCUCUGAGUGGUACCAUUCCUCAGCAGCUUGGAGUAUACAGCCGACUUUGGGUUGUUGAUUUUUCAGACAACCAUCUGACAGGGAAAAUACCUCCUUAUCUUUGCCGGCAUGCUAACCUUAUUUUGUUAAACCUUGGAGCUAAUAAGCUGUAUGGAAAUAUUCCAACUGGGAUCAAGAGCUGUGAGACAUUAGUGCAACUUCGUCUGGUUGGGAACAGGCUGACAGGGAACUUUCCUUCAGAAUUAUGCAAACUGGUGAAUCUUUCUGCCAUUGAAUUGGACCAGAACAACUUUUCUGGACCAGUUCCUUCAGAUAUUGGAAAUUGCCAAAAGCUUCAAAGGCUUCAUAUUUCUGACAAUCAAUUUACUUCUGAGCUGCCUAAGGAAAUAGGUAAUCUGUCUCAACUUGUGACUUUUAAUGUCUCAUCUAAUUUGCUUUCUGGACAGAUUCCACAAGAGAUAGUUAACUGCAAGUUGCUUCAACGACUUGAUCUCAGCCGUAACAGCUUCGUAGAUACUUUACCAAAUGAGCUUGGAACCCUUGUACAGCUUGAGAUUUUGAAACUUUCAGAAAAUAACUUCUCUGGAAAUAUACCUGCUGCUUUAGGAAACCUUUCACGCUUGACUGAGCUGCAGAUGGGUGGCAACUUUUUUUCUGGUGAGAUACCCAAAGAGUUGGGUUAUCUUUCAAGCUUGCAGAUUGCAAUGAACCUCAGCCAUAACAACCUCACUGGAAAAAUACCACCAGAGCUUGGGCAUCUUAAUUUGCUGGAAUUUCUUCUGCUCAAUAAUAAUCAUUUGAGUGGUGUAAUUCCCAGCGCAUUUGAUAACCUAUCAAGUUUAAUGGGAUGCAAUUUCUCAUACAAUAACUUAACUGGACCUUUACCAACCAUCCCAUUGUUUCAGAACAUGCCUGCAAGCAGCUUUCUUGAAAAUAAAGGGCUUUGUGGUAGGCCUCUUCAAAAUUGCAUUGGAGAUCCAUCUUCUCCUUCCAUGCUACCCGUGAAGCAGGGUACACGAGGAAGAAUCAUAACGAUAGUUGCAGGUGUUGUAGGUGGGGUUUCUAUAAUUCUCAUUGUAAUUCUUAUAUAUCAAAUGAGACGUCCACCGGGAAUUGUUGCAUCCUCGCAAGAAAAGGAGAUAUCAUCUCCAGCUUCGGAUAUUUACUUUCAUCCAAAGGAAGGGUUUACAUUUCAAGAUCUAAUUGAGGCUACAAAUAAUUUUCAUGAGAGUUGUAUUGUUGGAAGGGGAGCAUGUGGAACGGUUUACAAAGCAAUUAUGCAUUCUGGACAAACCAUUGCUGUUAAAAGGCUCUCAUCAAAUGCAGAGGGAAACAACAUUGAGAAUAGUUUUCGGGCUGAGAUUCUAACACUAGGAAAGAUUAGGCAUCGAAAUAUUGUGAAGCUUUAUGGAUUUUGCUAUCACCAAGGUUCCAAUCUGCUUCUUUAUGAGUACAUGGAAAAAGGUAGCUUGGGUGAAGUUCUUCAUGGGGCCUCUUGUAUCUUAGAAUGGUCAACUCGGUUCAUGAUUGCCCUAGGAGCUGCCGAAGGUCUUGCUUAUUUACAUCAUGACUGCAAACCAAGGAUCAUUCACCGUGAUAUCAAGUCCAAUAAUAUCUUACUUGAUGAAAAUUUUGAAGCCCAUGUUGGUGAUUUUGGUUUGGCAAAAGUGAUUGACAUGCCCCAAUCUAAGUCAGUGUCAGCAGUCGCUGGAUCAUAUGGCUACAUUGCCCCCGAAUAUGCAUACACUAUGAAGGUAACAGAAAAAUGUGACACCUACAGCUAUGGGGUUGUUCUACUGGAGUUGUUAACUGGAAAGACUCCUGUCCAACCAUUGGACGAAGGAGGUGAUCUUGUCACACGAGUGAGACAUUAUGUCCGCAAACACUCGUUGACUGCUGGGAUACUUGAUGAUCGCUUAAAUCUCGAUGAUAAGAGCAUUGUUAAUCACAUGAUUACUGUCUUAAAAAUUGCUUUAAUAUGCACUAGCAUGUCUCCUUUUGAUCGGCCGACCAUGCGCGAAGUUGUGGUGAUGCUUAUGGAAUCUAAAGGGCAAGAAGACAACUUCAACAUGUCUCCCACUUAAAAUCUUCCUCUGAAAGAUGAUUCUCAUGAAAGUAUGUGACUAUUCCCAGUUUCCAUUAACUGAGGUGAUUUUUUGCUGCUGAUUCUUCCUCAUUAUUUACCCGGAAAGAUUAUAAUAGCAUGUACAUUUUUCUAUAAAGAAAACUGUUAUACUGAAAGCUUCUGUUUGUAGCUAAUGGGAGUAGCUGAUGUCCCUCUCAGAUUCUGUAGUUCGGUAGUUCCUUUCUCCAGUCAAUACUAUAUAGUAACACCAUUGUACAGGAGUUGUUCCAUACACUUGUAUCUCAAGCGUUCUGAUAUGAAUUAGAUUCUCUGAAAGUGUUGCAGCUAUGCUUUUCAACAACAGUUUCAGUUCCCUCAGCUGGAGUAUCUUUUAUAUUCUCUGUUGUUGAAAGUAAACUGUUUUAAAUGUUGCAAUAUGAUUGCUGUGAUUUUAAACCGGAAUAUGCGUCGAUCAAUUAUGCUAACAUAUAUUCUGCCAUCUAUUAUAGGUUCUUAUGGUUUUUGUUUUUUUUACUUGAAGCUGCCAGGAUUUGAACAUUAUUGUAACUAACAAUCCAGCGCUCUACUAUCAGGUUACUUGGUAGCGAGGUUCUUAUGGUUUCUUUGGAUUAUGCUAAAAUAUAAAUGCAGGAAACUAACUGUAAGGUAAAAGCUGUGUUAUGGUUUCUUUGGAUUAUGGUUUCUUAUGGUUUCCUUUUUUUGGUUCAACUUUGAUGGGCUUUUUUGGGCAUUGGUAAGAAACAUUGGUGAUGCCUGCCACAUGUGACAAUAUCAUUUCAAAAUCCGUCCCACACGAUUCUCCCCUUUCUUUUCCUCUGGCUUUUUCACUCUUUUUCCCCUUCCCCAGCACACAACAAAGCCUGUCGAUCCAACCAACCAGUCUCCUGCCUUGCGCAAAUCCUCAGUCUGCCUCGAUGGAUUUUCAUCUC